AUGAAGGUGACGCUGAGCUUCGGCCUCAUCCUCACCAUCGCCGUGACCUCCUGCCUGUGCUGGCCCGCGGCACCGGGCGCUGUGGGGGACCCCCACCAGCACCCCCCCAGCCUGGUGCGGCGCGACUGGCCCGAGUACCUGUCCCAGGAGCAGCAGCACCUCCUGUCCCGGUUCCUGCCCCACGCCCUCACAGAGCUGAACAACCACAAGGGCUUCGUGCACGAGGACGAGGGGAUGGAGGCCCUGCACGAGCACUACUACCCCGACUGGAUGGACUUCGGCCGCCGCAGCGCCGAGGAUGCGGCCGAUACCGCGUAG